UUUUUAAUACCUAACCUCAAUAAAAUUGUUUACCUUACCUUUUGCUCUAUUUGGGGUUUACUACCGUUUUACAGCUUAUAUUUUUAAUGAUAAAAAGACUGAAUGCGUGAGUUUAUUUAACUUUAAAAUGCCAUUUCGUUAUAUACAUCGUACAAUCAGUAAAUGUCCUAAGAACCGAAGAUACUUGAGCGCCAAAGAUGACCAAAUCACCACAGCAGGCAUAUUAGUUAUAGGAGAUGAAAUAUUAAAAGGCGAAACUGAAGACACAAACUCAAGAUUUCUGGCUAAACAACUGCACAAAUUAGGCCUUACACUGCAGAAGAUUUCAGUUAUACCGGAUAACUUAAGAGCCAUUAGUCAAGAAGUAUGUGAGUUUUCAGGAAAAUAUAAUUAUGUUUUAACUACAGGAGGCAUUGGCCCUACUCAUGAUGAUUUAACUUAUGAAGGUGUAGCACUUGCAUUUGAUGAACCUUUGUAUUUACAUCCUGAAUUAAUGAAUAUUUGUAGGAAGUUUUAUGGUAUGCAAGAUCCUAAUAGUGUGGGAAUGAAACUAGCGCAUGUUCCAAAAUCUUCCAGGCUGCAUUAUAAAACCAUAAAUGGAAACAACCUAGGGUACCCAAAUGUCUCCGUAAAAAAUGUCUACAUGUUCCCCGGAGUUCCUGAGUUAUUAAAAAAGACAAUUUUGGAAGCCGGUCCUCUUUUAUUCCGCUCAAACAGCAGGUUUUAUACAAAACAUUUUUACUGCAACAUACCCGAGCAUAAAAUUGCAUCUGAGCUACAGCAAGUUGUCAAUGAGUUUCCCGAUGUCCAAUUUGGCUGUUACCCAAAGAUGUUUCACAAUUUGUACAAAGUGAAAGUCACAAUAGAAUCCAACAAUGAAGAAGUUACUUUUAAAGCAUAUUGCAGACUCUUGGAACUGUUACCUCAUAAUUGUAUUGUGGAUAUUGAUGAUACGUGAUGGUAUAUACUGUGAUACAUUUAUUUAUUUUUAAACUAUUACACAUGCUAUUGAUUAGGG